AUGGAUAAAGAUCUCAAGCCCAUUGCCACCAUGCCGACGAACUCAACUGUCGGGAUGGGCGAGUUGGUUGAAGAUACAGCUAGCGGUCACAAACCAACUGCUACUUUGGAUGAUGACGAGAAGCAUUCUGAGGAAAUGGGUUCUCCGCCACUUAGGAUCGUGUACAGCUCCAAGGAAGACGCGAGGGUCCGAUGGAAGCUCGACCUGAUCUUGCUGCCCAUGAUGGCGCUCACAUACGUGCUCAACUACAUGGAUAAAGUUGCUUUGUCCGAGGCUUCCAUCUUCGGCAUCAAGGAAGAUCUGAACCUCAUGGGCCAGCAGUAUAGCUGGUCAUCCUCAAUCUUCUACCUGGGGUACCUAGUCUGGCAGUAUCCCAGCUCUCUUUUGAUGCAGAAGCUUCCCAUCGGACGAUACUUUGGCGUGAUGAUCUUUCUCUGGGGUCUCACCGCCUGCACGACGGCAUUCACAAAAGACUUUGCAACGCUCUGCGUCAACCGUGCCUUCCUCGGUGUUUUCGAAUCCUGCAUGUCUCCCAUCCUCACGAUCCUAAUCUCUCAAUAUUGGACACGAGAGGAGCAGCCUCUUCGCACGUCACUAUGGUGGUCUGCCAGUGCUGUCGGUUCUUUCAUGGCAGAUGCCAUUACAUACGGCCUCUCGGGAAAGGAUCAUUCGGGCUCCAAGUAUGCCGUCUGGCAAGUCGUGUACCUCGUCUUUGGGCCGAUGACGAUGUUUUGGGGUAUUGUUGUCUUUUUUGGUGUUCCGGCGUCGCCUCUAAGUGCAUGGUUCUUCAGUAAGAGGGAGAGAGAUAUCGCGACUGAUAGAGUCCUGAAAAAUCACACCGGUAUUAAAAACACCGAGUACAAAUGGAACCAGGUCCGCGAAUGCCUGAUGGAUCCCCAGCCGUGGAUAUUAGCCAUACACGCCUUUCUUCAAUGUCUCCAGGGAGGAGGCUUAACAUCGUUUUCGAAGAUCGUGUUGACCCAGACCCUCGGCUACUCCAGCCGCCAGGCUACUUUGAUGGGCAUGCCGUCCAACACCAUCCACCUCGCCUCGGUGGUCUUUGCUGGUUGGUUCUGCACACGUUUCAAGAAUACUAGGUGCUACGUUAUGAUUGCAACCAAUAUCAUCGUCCUGAUAGGUGCCGUAUUGGUGGAUAACCUUCCGCAAUCUAACCACCAGGGCCGACUUGCGUCUUUUUAUAUAAUUUAUGUCAAUACAGUCCCUUUCGGACUUGGAAUGAGUAUGCUCUCCUCGAAUAUCGCAGGAUUUACCAAGAAGUCCACCGCGAGCGUCAUGAUGUUCCUAGGCUACUGUCUUGGCCAAUUUACUGGCCCUCAAUUCUUCAUCACACACGAGGCCCCACAGUACAAAACUGCUUUCAGAGGCUUCUACUCCUCAGUCUCUGCCAUGAUUGUGUUGGAAAUCGUUCUGCUCAUCUACAUUAGGUAUCAGAACCACCGUCGAGGCCGCCAUGAGGUUCAGGAAAUCUGCAACGUAAACAUUUCUAGGGAUGAUUUAGAUCUUACGGAUUGGCAACAGGGCUCAUUUAGAGAUGAGACAGAUCAGAUCAGAACUCAUUCGAGGCGUCGCGGGAAGAAGAAGAGCACGCCUAGCAUACCGAGUCGCUCAGGGACUAGUCCACAGACUCCAAUGGCCUUUUCAAUAGCCGAGACGAACGCGUCCGACACGCUGGAAACAUCGUCACUCGCAAUGCUCGAUGCGACGGCGAUGCCUUGGAUGGAUGGCAUAUUUGACUCAUAUCCAGAUCAACAAUGGGAUUUGAGCCCUGACCCGGCGGUGUUUUCAAAUACGACUGAUCAGGCCUGGGUUCCGUUUAUGGAAUCGCCAGGUAAAACCACAGCCGACUUCAACGCGGGCAGCCUUUCCUCGAGUUCCCGUCAGACGGUCUCCGAUCGGGUGUUAGCACAGCACUACACUCAGAAUCUAGCAUCAAAAUAUAGCUCCAAGGGCCAAACGUGGAACAAUCACACGUAUUUCUUCAAUCGCUUCAACUCUAGCCAUUCGUUUGUAAUAUCAUCGCUUUACGCAUGGACAGCUGCUCACCUCCACUGCAAUGGGACAUUGGCUUCGGAGAGUAGUGCCUUAGAACACUACGAAAAGAGUCUCGUAGCUCUCGUGGAUCAAUUAGGCGUCCACCUCGAGAUUGGAGGCAUGGAUGAAGAACUCAGUCAGACUUGGCCGCAGCUUAUCACCCGAGAUGAUGACCUGGACGCCGUGUCAGUGACGCUAUACUUCCUCGCCUGGACAGAUCUUCUUCUCUCAAGAAGAGCCUCCCUAAGGCGCAUGCUAAGCCUCGAGGCUUGCUUACUUGAGAGCCGGGGCCAUGGCGAUCAAUCGCAGUCGGUUUACGGCAGAAUGGCGGUGUGGUUCUGCUUUCUUGAUGCUCGCGCCGCUCUCUUUUCGCAAUGCGAUGAUCGCAUCAUACAGUGUCUAGGCAACGACUUGGGCUUAAUGUUUGCUGUGGACAAAUCAUACAAUUUUCUGCAGCAAGAAUACACUCUUUUGUACCCGAAUGAGGAACGCCGGUGGGAUGAGGCUCAUAGGCCUUUGUAUGUGGCUACAUGUCGCUUGGUCGCUCUCUUGGGGAUGAUAUCCAGAGGCGACCGCACCACGGCGGGUGAUAGCCAAGAGGCAAGUACGAGAGAAUCGUUAGAUGAUAUUAACCAGGGUCUCGCCGGUAUCACCGAAGAGAAAGCGGCAGAAAACAAAGUGUUAUCCAUCUUCCUCACCGCAAACGCCCUCUUCCACGCCGUACACAUCUACGCCUCAAGAAUCUACCGGCCAGAAGAUGCAAUAUAUGCAGAGACAACACAUGCUGAACACAUAAUUGGCAUCACUCGCCGCUUCUACAGUAAACUCAAGCGUCCAAGAACUGAAGCGCCGCCGACCAAGAUAUGGCCAAUCCCGCUCAUCAUGGCAGCCAUCGAGGCAAAGGACCCUAUCUACCGAGACUGGGCGCUGCAGCUUAUCAGGGACUGCUCUCAGGCUGGGAAACAUUAUGUAAAUGCAUGUGCCUUUGUCGAAAAGGUGCACGCGGCCGAGGAGGGGAUGGGCUAUCGCGCUGAUCUUUCCCAGAUCGCUCAAGAGAUGGGCUAUGACUUUGUGAUCUAG